AUGUGCCCUACUCUACCCGGUUACCCUCCAAGUGGGAUACCAGAAGAUGUAGAUAAGUACGACUUGAAGGUCGAUGCAGGUGACAUAUUGACCAUCAUUGACCACUUCAAAGCCGAAAAGGUAGUUGUCGGUGGCCAUGACUUCGGUGGAGCUGUGCUACAAGCUCUGGCCCUUCUCUGCCCGGAGAGAAUUGCCGGCCUGAUCAUCAAUUCACCAAUCAUCCAGACUUUCUAUGAACUUGUAAACUUCGAUCAUGCACAACAGCAGCUGUCGAAGUACAGGAUCCCUUACAUCGAAUAUCAGCCUGGGGAUGACAAAAAGAUAGAAUCCAUCGUCAGGACAAUCAGGGACCCAAGAAGGCGCCAGGAGGUUUAUGAUUACCUGGUUAAAUCAUCCACGCACGGCAUGAUGAAGUACCAUAAAAAGGAUUAUCCUGGUCCGGCUUAUGGCGAUCGAGUCGACACGUCCGAGAUGUUUUUCACAGUCCCAACUCUGAUCUUAUGGGGCUUAGGAGAUGAAUCCUUCUCUUUAAAACUACUUGAUGGGUUGCCUGGGCGCUUGCUAAAUACUUUCCGCCUUGUCACUUUGUCUGAAAUGGGACAUUGA